AUUUCACAUUCUCCCGAGAUUAUGUCGUUCUUGCAAUCAUUACGGGCUUGGAUCGUUUUAUCCUUGCUACGUGUAGCAUUCACUGUUCCCAGUCAUCGCUAUGCCCAACAGAUCAUACGACUACUGCAAUUUCUUUUCUUCAAAGCGGAGAGCCAUUGGACUGCGAAAACACCUCACGGCACGCUAAUCUCGGAAGAUGUUGGAAAUGCCAAAAUGGAAGCCUUGAUCGACCGUUUAUUAGCCAGUGAUGUUGUCAUUCUCUGGAUCCCUGGCGGUGGAUUUCGUAUGAAUUUAGGUACCUUGUACGUCCCCACAUUUAAAACGUGGAUCCGGGCUCUUGCAGCGGAUAAAAAUAUUACUGCCAAUGUGCUGGUGGUGGACUACAGAACCAACACUUCAUAUCCAGGACCCGUAGAAGAGGCUGUCAAAGCGUACGGCUGGCUGGUGAAUCAGAUCCAUGUCUCACCCAACAAGAUUAUUCUCGGUGGUGAUGAUGCCGGUGUCGGUAUUGCGUUGGAUGCCCUGCAGAAAAAAUCGAUAAAGGUGGCUGGGCUCGUGUGUAUGUCACCCUAUACUGGCCUUGAAGCGGGUGGCGCUUCAUGGCGGGCGAAUGACCAGUACGAUUAUAUACGAGCUGCGGCCAUUGAUCGUAUGGAGCAAACCUAUAUCCCUGCUGAAGGAGAUCAGCCAUUCGAAUACCUAACUCAGGAUAUCCCUUGGACAUUUUUGCCGAGUUCUAUGUUGGUCAUGGUGGGCGGUCGAGAGGUUUUACUUGACGAAGCAGGAAUGUUGGCGGCACGUGCACGUUCGAAUGGCGUUGAUGUUACUUUGUAUCAGGCACCGCUGGAAAUCCAUCUCUGGUCGAUGCUAGGCUUGCCUGUGAUCCAUGACCCCAAAAUAUACCAGGCAUCCACUGACAUAUUGGUGCAUUUUCUAUCUGGCUGUGUCGCUGUGUCAAAUACUCGUAGAUAGCCAUCAUCCACUUACAAAAUCUUUUAAAGUCGAAAUAUAAAAAACCGGCACAUAUUCUCCUUACUAUAAAACUAAGGAGACAAGGAAUUUCCAUAUUUGGGGCUGGGAUGAAAAAAAAAAUGAAAAAGGUUUGGCAUUUGCAAUGCGGAGAAACAUGGUUCUCCACCCAAUAGAUUGUCG